AUGCAACCCGAACCCUCCACGACAAGGAUAAGAGUCGCCUACCUCCGCACGAUCCUGGACAGCGAGGUUAAGUACUAUGAGUACGACUGGAGCAACUUGAAGACCUGGCUUUGGUUCUGGGUUGGUCAGCAGGUCCCGAAGGAUCCUUUUGGCAACCAGCAUCGCGAACAAAGUCAACCUCCUCCAGACAUUCAUCACCAUUACAUUUUACGGCACCGCAAUGCCGCAGAUACCUUCGUGCUGGAAUGGCUAUUGGGAAACUCUGAGCCAGGAGGGUGGAGGCUUUCCCGAGACGAUUUUACCGUCUACCUGUCGCGGCCACAAAUAAAUGACCCGGCAAACAAGCUAUUGCUUCAUCGUCUUGAAAAAAUGAAAGUUGCAAUAGAGGUUGUCUCGUUGUCUCAAUCCACCGAAUACACCUCGGAUGACACAUGUGACGCUGUCAUGCUUUCUAAGAGCGACUACGUCCUCGAGACAUCCCUUGUGCGAGGCGCAGGCUGCCCAACGACAUUCAACACUCUUUUCCGCAACUCAAUGCGCCACGGUCUCCCUCAGCAGUACAACACUGAGGAGAAGAGCAACGCCUACUACGCAAAUAGACUGAAGAGCAGGAUGGGCCACACACAGCGGUACUGCGGUUAUCCCCAUGGCAAAAGCGAGGGGUGGAAGCAAGAGCACGAGCAAGAAUGGAAGAACUAUAAAUGCCCAUCAUGCGGAAAGCGAUGCAAGCGAAGCAAGGGAUGUCAAACGACGGGCGAGUGGUGGACAAAGGACAAGCGUAAAUGGGCUGACGGCGUUGACACAUCUACUGCAAGGCCACCGGAGUUCGAGAAGGAGUGGAGAACAUUGAGCGUCGAAGAUGUUAUUAACUAUCCCGGGUCAGACGUGAUAGCCGCUGAGAGGUUUAGAAGCUGGAAGUGGAGGUCCAUAGACACAUUCUCAGGGGAGUAA